AAGGAGUUGAGUAUAGGGACGAGAGCUGGGUCAGAGGAUCUCUGCCAAGUUCCCAAGGAGCAUUCUCCAGACUGGCUCAGAGAGAGCUCUCAGGGUUUGGCCUUCUCAUACCCACCUCUUCUAGGAAGCAGCUUUAACUGCACCAGACAGGUACAGCAUCCUAGACAGCUAUGCCUCUUCUGUCCAGCAUCGUGGGCCUUGCAGGCCUUCUCCUUUGGAUGGGUCACACAGUCGGGGCCUUACGGAUGCUCAACACCACUGUGGUCCAGGGCCAACCCAAGAACAUAGCUGUGUGGCCCCUGUCUGGCCUCGGGGUGCCCCGGCACCGCCGGAAGCGCCACAUCUCUGCCCGGGACAUGAGCGCCUUACUGGAUUAUCACAACCACAUCCGGGCCAGUGUACACCCACCUGCUGCCAACAUGGAGUAUAUGGUUUGGGAUGAGCAGCUGGCCAGGUCUGCUGAAGCCUGGGCCACCCAGUGCAUCUGGGCCCACGGACCCUCACAGCUGAUGAAGUACGUGGGCCAGAACCUCUCUAUCCAUUCCGGCCGGUACCGUUCUGUGGUAGAUCUUGUGAAGUCUUGGUCUGAAGAAAAGGGCCAUUACUCAUUCCCGGCUCCAAAGGAUUGCACCCCACACUGCCCUUGGCUCUGCAGUGGUCCUGUCUGCUCCCACUAUACCCAGAUGGUGUGGGCAUCCUCCAAUCGCCUGGGCUGCGCUGUUCACACCUGUAGCAGCAUCAAUGUGUGGGGCAGUACCUGGCAGCGGGCUGUGUACCUGGUCUGCAACUACGCCAUUAAGGGCAACUGGAUUGGGGAGGCGCCCUACAAGACUGGGAAGCCGUGUUCUGCCUGUCCUCCCAGUUACCAAGGCAACUGCAACAGCAACAUGUGCUUCUCUGGGUUCAAAUCCAACAGGCUCCCAUGGGUCUGAACUGGCCCAAUGUUAUGUUGUUCCCAGCUGUGCUUGACCCUUGAGAGAUUCCUCCCCAAAGGAGAACAGGAAUUGGGCAGCCCCUACAGCUCUUAAUAAAUUCCUUUUCCUUGGUGUCCUGUAUGUAUUAAAGGAGUCUCCUCUUCCUUC